UGACAGAAGGCCAGAGCAUGCAUGUCACUUAUGUGACAUCUGCUGGUCACUUUGGUCGAGCCUGACCACCACCAGAUAUGCUUCGCAAUCUGACCUGCCUGCCAGGAGAUCCCAGCAAGGAAUCCCUCGCCCAACAGCGGUGGAGAUGGGACUGCUGGUCAAGACUUUGAUUCCACACCUCAGCAAGACCAACAGAGAUGGCCUGGUCAAGAUUGUGCAAGUUCUUUACGGGAUGUCGCAGCAUGACACCUUCAACACCCCCAGUGAGCACUCUACCACAGGUACAACCGAUCACGCAACAGACUCACACCCCCAGGACCUUCUGAACCUCUCCCCUCUAGAGGCAUGUCAGCUGCUCUACCAUGUCGCCACGGCCAUACAACAGCCAGCUAUGGCAGAUGCUGCAGCUUCCAUCCUGAAAACCAAAGGCAUCAGCUGUGAGUGGAAAGCUAAACCCACAGUGCACAGGAAGUCUUCAUCAAACAUGAAACGUUCAGGCAUGAAGAGUGAUGAUAUGGAUGUGCCAGAUGGGGAUGAGGAGGGAGCUGAGCCUCCAGCACCAUCCAGCAGAUCUUUGAGGGAAGCUGAGGUCAAAGAUGCUAAUGCUGGAACAGAUGUAUCCACAGGUGAACUGACCAUUAGGCAGUGCAGAUCUCUGUUUUGCAUGGUGUAUGACAUAAUUUCCGCAACAAAAACUAUAGAAUUUAUCUGA